CGAAGUUACCGCCCUCUAGCGCCUGAUUGGUCAGAUUUUAUGGCGCGUCAGCGCCUCGCUUCUCCCGUUGGUGAGCUCUUUUUCAUGAUUUCGCCGCAUUUUUUGAACUUUGCUUCAUUCUCGCUUGUUUAGAUUUCGAAUCAACAUGUCCGACGAAACUGCUGCUGUUUCUGCCGCAACUCCUGCUGCUACGCCUAAGAAGAAGGCAAAGAGUGGCCCUAAAAAGCCAAAAACCAUGCCAUCCCAUCCCAAGGUUUCCGAGAUGGUGGUCGAUGCUAUCACCAUCCUCAAGGAGCGUGGAGGUUCCUCUCUCCAAGCUAUCAAGAAACACAUUGGAGCUCACCACAAAGUUGAUAUGGACCGACUGACCCCAUUUAUCAAAAAAUACCUGAAGAGUGCUGUCGCAGCUGGAACUCUGGUGCAAACCAAGGGAAAAGGUGCCACCGGCUCCUUCAAACUCAGCGCAUCAGGCCAGAAAAGCAAAGAACCCGGAAAAACCACAAAAAAACCCAAGAAAGAAGGUGCAACUGCUGCAAAAAAACCCAAGGCCGCAGCAAAGAAAGCUUCAAAGCCCAAACCAAAGGCAGAGAAGAAAAAACCAGCUGCCAAAAAGACACCGGUCAAAAAAGCUACCAAAGCCAAGAGUCCCAAGAAAGCAGCCAAGGCAACAAAGCCCAAGUCUCCAAAAGUGAAAAAAAUGAAGACCCCAAAAAAGGCUACACCCAAGAAGGCAAAAAAAUGAACUGACUAGGGAACAAGAUUCCUCCAAAAAAAAAAAAAAAAAAAGGCUCUUUUCAGAGCCAUCAAAUACAGUAGAAAAGAUUGCUUAUGUGCAUUUAAAAAAAAAAAAAAAU